GGUUGAAUUUCCUAUCUGAUUCUGCUCGUCGACUCGUACAAAUGGUCGUACGAGUGUGUACGAAUUACUUGUAAUAACACGACAUAAUUGUGCGGAGGUUUUUUUUUCAUUAUAAUUACAACGGUUAUAAUUUAUAUACAGUGAUGGGUAUAAAUAAUGUUUAUAAAUUGCAACGUAACGCAUGCGAAUUAGGUUAUAAAGACAACAAUGUGUCAUAAGACUUCUUUACAUCUUCAAUGUGGCAGAAAUUAUUUGACGUUUUAAUGUUAUCGAUGGAGACCAAAGUGACGAGUAAGACAAGCAGCUUGAAGGCACUCUUGCUGCGAGCGUGGAGGGAACGUUGGAGCGAUUUACAAUGGGGUAUUAAUAUCAAAACUAUUCUUCCAAGAGGGGUAAGCGGAGAUGUAUAUAACUUAGCUGACUGUAUAUUACAACAAGCAUUAGUGGGACCAGGACCUAAUCAAUUAGUAUUAUCUUAUUUAAAACAUUCGUUAAGCUCUCAGUUGGUGUCGUAUGCCGCGGUAUUGCAGCGAAUAAGCAAAUACGACGCUUUCCACAAGCCUCACUGCAUCGUGAGUCUGCUGGAAUUCUUAGAAUCUAUACAGGUCGGUAUCACGUGUCGCGGUAAACCGGAGGAGGAUCUUCUGGCGGCGGCGGUUCUCUCCAUCGUUCACUGGCUCUUGCAAUGUUACCUGCACACAUUGUCGAAAGCACCGCAGAACAAUCCUCUGACUCCCCAUCCGAGCGAGCUCAUGGACAAACCCGCCAGCAUCUUGCAGCAGAUGCUGAACUCGGAUUUUCUGCGUGCGAUGAUGUAUCUGGCUAAAUACGACGACGAAGAUUUGUACAUAGAAGUCGUGAAGAAAUGCUCGGAGAUUGAGGCGCUGCUGAAGACCACCGCUCUGAAGUCCAUGGUGCCGAUAGAGGAUUCCCUGAAGCAACUGUACGACCUGGAGAUCGAGAGCUUCUGCCCCGAGAAGACCCGAAUGGAGUCCAUCACUCAUUGCCUGCAGCCGCUCUUCGCCGUUCAGGUGCCGUUGAAUCCCAGCACCGAGACGUCCGUGUUCGUCAACCAGCUGCUGAUGAUACAGAGACUGAAGAGUUACACGAACGCACGGCUCUACUGCGAGAUCAUUCGCGCCUGUCUGAUGUGUCUGCACAAUGUGACCGGGACGUUCAAGGAGUCGCAGUGGGGAGCCUUCACAUUUCUGAAGGUGCCUCUGAUAUUGAAGGAACUGCACCAGGCUAAUUUGAAAAUCGGUGAGGAGAAGUACGAGUACUCGCAGGAUAUUCUCGACGCGUUCGAGCUGUUGCUCCAGUUCACGUCCUUACUCGACAUAAUGGACACUACGUGCUCGUGCAAUUGCGUGGAGUGUCUGCUGAAUGAACUGCAGAAGGUGAACCUCGUCACGGAGAAGCAGGCGAAGCAUCUGAGCACCAGGAGGGAGGGAGUGACGGCGGCUCUGCAAAAGUUGGAGCCUUCGAGUACUCCGAAGUCGUCGAUCCCGAAGGUGAUUAUUCGCGCGGAACCGACCUUAGCCGGGAUUCUCAAGACGCUGAAUGCCGAUUACACGAAAAUCCAGGAGGCAUUGCUGAGUAUGCUGCGUGAGGUCCUCACGGGCAACAGUUUCGAAUUGAUGCUCGCGGUGGCGACCGUGGAGGGCAAGUUGAAGACCUUCGUCACCAAGCUCAUCAAAUUUAACGAAUGCAGCAGGCAAAUCAAUGAACCUGUGCCCGGUAAAACCGCGGUGACGCGAGCGAUGCUGUUCGACAUGUCAUUUCUAAUGCUGUGCUCGAUAGUGCAAACGUAUGGAUCCGAUGUUGUCCUGGAGGAAGGCGGGGACUCGUUUUUCGAGCAAUGGGUGCGCGGUUGCAUGCCGGAGCGGAAUAAGCCGAAGUCGCCGCAGAAGAUGCUGCAGAACGUCGAUCCGGCGCGGGUGGACGCGCUGCUGGCGCAGAUCAAUUCGCCGGACCUCGACUUCAAGUCGAGCAAUCUCAAGUGGCACCUCGCGUGCCAGUCGGCGAUGGGCGCGGUGAAGGAGUUGCUGUGCGCGUGGGAAAGCGGCGUGCUGAGCGCCGGCGACGUCAAACGGGCUCUGGACGGUCUGCGCGCAGCGGCCUGCUGCCUGCCGGUCUGCGCCGCCGCGUGGUUGUGCGCCUACAUGAGCAUCGCCCAACAUAACGCCCUCCUGAAACCCAUGAACAUGGUCCAGCACUUCCUCACGCCGCUACCCGGCGACGAGAUGCAGGACAAUCUUAAGGAAAGAUCCAGCCUGAUGUUCCAAAUUAUUCGGAAAAUGCAAUACGACGUACACCCGCCGACGCAGUCGAAGACAAAGGUGCUUUCAAUGUCCAACAGUAUCAUAUCGCAUCAGCCGAUAUUGGAGCAAUUGGAAGCCGUCUGGCAGAACAUCAAUCAGCGCGGAUGGAUAAACAUACAAGCGACGCAGUCGUUGGAAUCGCUACUAAACACCGGCGGUUCCCUCUGGUUCGUCACAAAUAUCGUCAAGGAUGUGCUAAGGUACCGCUACCAGGAGGAACUCGACCGUGCCGUGGACCUAGCCUUCGCCAUCUUUCAUCUCGACAUAGAAAACUGCACUCUGGACCUGAUAAAUCACAUAAUACCGCAGUACCUGCACAACUCCCUGCAAAGCGAUGAACUCGUGGAGCCGCAGUCGUCCAUCCUGGCGAAGCUGUGCGUGUAUUGUAUAUUCUCCACUCUCGAAUACAUCAAUUCGAAUCCGUACCAGGGGAAUAAUCGGAAACGCGUGCGGCACGACCUCGACACGGACGAACUGGAUACGCUCGGCAUGCCGGCCAACAAACUCCUGAAACUCGGCGAGACCGGCGAGAACGUUCCCAUAUUCGGCUCGCAGAGCUCGCAAAUGCCGGGCGGCACGAACAACGGAAAGAAGUCGUUCGUUCUGCGAGAGCCGCUCAUGACAGCAUUGAACAAUCUGUUUAUUAUAUUCGCCUUCCUCGUCGGCCGAGACAGCGAGGUGUCUCAGCAGACUCACUUCAUACUUCAGUUCCUGCGGCUGACGGUGCAGUGCGGCAAGGAGAGGACUCGCGUUGUGCUGCAAGGGAUGCCGCAAACGCUGGUACCCUGUCUUCUGAAAGCACUACCCGAACUGUUCACGACGGACAUUCUCCUGAGGUUUUACGACAUUAGAACUGUGAUGGGACGCAAGGCGACCGCACGCGACCUGUGCAUGUUGCGGAAUAUCAAUUUGAAGCCCACGAAGUAA